AUGCCCUGUGCUCCUGAGAAUGUUGUAGAAGAGGUGCCGGAAAGCUGGUUCUUGAAUUUUGUCAUCAUGGCAAGAGGCCGGCCUCAUGGCCGGUCCAAGUCUGAUCACCGGGUGUGUCAGGCAGCUCGGUACGAGCAAGCUGCUGAGUACAGGGAGCGGAUUAGCAUCAGCGCUGAGCAGCAGGAGGCGCGCAUUGCUGCUGUGAACGCUGAGUGCGAUGUUCAAGAUGCCCCUCAGAAACGAAGAAGCCAGAAGUCCAGUGGUCGGAAGAAAGAGGCAUGGACUGCUUGUGGGUCAGCACAGCGCGGGUCUUGCAAAGCGUCUGGAAGUGGAAAGAAGAAAGCAAAUGAGCGCCUUGGGAAAACGCUUGGCAAAGCCGCAGAAAGAGACUUGCACAGUCUUCACUGCCAAGCUUGUGGCGCCAUUGCAGAGUUUGGGCUGAGGGGAGGCAAGGAGGGGGGCAGCGUCAAGUACACGUGCAGAGCGCACGCCACGUCAUGUGGUUGCUUUCGAGUCGACCGAGACCGCGCAGCAUGGGCAGAGGACCGAGAGAUGCGCCGCCUGAGAGCACAGGAGAGGACAUUGGAAGCAGAGCUGCGGGGACUUGGAGGGGCCUCGUUCACUGCAAAACCGACAUCAACUUGGAAAGGAUUCCAGAGGAAGGGGGUUUGGGCUUCGACACCCAUGAGCCAGUCGCUCAUAGCGACGCUCCUCAUGAUUGGCGGAGUCGAACGCAACCCGGGACCUACUGCAGAGGAGAUUGCACAAGGUUGGCGGGAAGCUUUUCCGGAAAAGAAGAUUAGUACCGCGCUGCUGGACCACCUAAUGCGGAAGGAAGUCGACGUGGCAGACUGGAAAGCAACGGAUCGUGAAGACCGGAAGGAGUUUCUGACCCAAUGGAGAGCCGAGUACGAAGGCCCAGGGGAGUGGGUAGAUGGCUGGAGUGUCUUCCUCAGAGCAGUUCCAAUUGUCAAGAGGAGUCAGGAUGCACAUGCGGGCCACUCUAGGGAUAUGGAGCGGCAGGAUGCUGAUAAGGGGAACCAGACUCGGGAUCCAUCCAGCCACGCUAAACCCAGCUUGAAACGUUCCACGUGCCUUGCCACAUCAGACAUUGGGGUUCUUGCGAAGGGUCUGGUGAAAAGAAGGAAAUUGGAACUUGAGCAAGCAGGAGAAGCGGAAAAGGACGUCUUCGAGAUUGGCUGGAGCAUCCUGCCGCAGGCAAAACCUUUGGGUGUAAGGGAUUUGCGUUUUCUAGUGCUGAAGGCAGAGCAGAAACUCGGAGUUGCGGUGAUGGGGCGCUCCCAUUUCAGGGGUUUGGUAGAUCGUGCGAUCAAGCUUAUGGAGGGGAAGCUGCCGGGCGGUGGGCGGAGGAUCCUCAUGCACGGGCCUGCAGGGUUUGGCAAAACACACCUCCUCCUGCAACUUAUCAUCUACCUCACAGCAGCGUUGGAAACAAAGCAGCAGCGGGUGGCGCCCCUCCUGGACUGUGCCUUCUUUAAGGCGGAUAGAGUUGAGGCGAUGAAGCAGGCCCUUGCAUGGGCAUAUUCUGGGGAAGAGAAUACUGUUGAAACCAUCGCAAACCUCGAAUCGAUGCGAGACGUGAAGGGAUUUCUCAGCGGGAGGGAGGAGGAGAUUCUCUUCUGCUUGGAUCAGUACCAGGAGCUCGAAAGAGAAUCGGAGGCCAAACAGGAGUUAGAUGCCCGGCUUUACCAUUUCAGGACAAUAGUGGUGACGAGCGCAGGGGGUGAGGAGCUCACAACAGAAAACGAGACACUACAUGCCCAGGCGAGCAUGUUCCCGGUGCACUCUGGUUUGAGUCAGGAGGAGCAGAAGUCCUAUGAUGUCAUCUACGGGACAGAGUGCACCACCCCGGCUGUCCAACGCCUUGUGAUGGAGAAGUUGGGGGGAGUAGCAGGGUGCCUGGCGGACUGGUAUGAGGCCUAUUACGGAGAGCCUCCAACGGACUACUCAGUGUAUCGAGUCUUUGGGCAGAGUCCAGCGUUUCAAGUGGGGCCAUUGGAACCGUUGAAGGAAGAAGAGCCAGGUACGAGUGCGCUGGGGGGGAAGAGCAAGCAUGUGGCUGAGAGUGAGCGGACAGGAAAGAUGGAGCUUGCCGAAGAGCGUGACUGGAAAGCCUGGGAGAAAUUCCUGGAGUGCAAGCGGGUGGUGCAGAUCACCUUGAGUUUGCAGCGCAUCUAUGAGAGGGUACAGGCGAAAGGGGCAGCCGAUGUCAAAAAGUGGAUAGACCAGAUGAAGAAGAUGGUUUACACGGACUCGUUUGUGGACUUCGGUCUCACCAGCUGGAACGACAUCGACUUACGGCAUGUAGCGGUAGAAGGGCGCAAAGUGCGGCCAGCGUACCCGCUAGUACGAGAAGCGAUCGCCCACUUUGUGGAGCAGGUUCAAGGUCGGGCUGUCUUUUACAGUGACCAAGCAGUCUGGGCCGCUCUGUCCCAGGAGCUUGCGGGGGAGCGGGUACCGGCGGUAGCUGGGCUUCUGACGGAGCGCUGCGCCAGCGGCGCAAUCAUUGAUGGUCAGGGCUACAAGGCUGUGCUAAAGAUGGAGAAGACGGAGCAUCCCAAAUUGGUGUUUUUCGACCGCGACGCAGAGGCUUCUGCUGUGCUGACCGAACAAGAGGACUUCCGGAAGAGCGGACUUGAAACACGGAUUGCUUGCUUCGUGCCUCGGACGCCGUUCUACCCUGCCAUGGAUAUGGCCAUCCUGGUGUUCAAAAAGCCGAAGGACCAGCAAGGGGCUGUGGAGCGGCUCACGAAAGUUCAGAUGACACUGGAGUCAGCGCACGACCAUCGUCGCUCGACCCAGACUGCAAUGCAUAUUAGCAACGUGAAGCCUUGGCUGGGCGGUGCCGAGCUUAAUUCCGUGGACGUAGAUUUCUGCUACAUCGUGCCGGGUGGUCUUGUCACGGGCCCUAUUCCACGGCAUACAAAGUCAGUAAAGGCAAAGUUGGGGACCGAACGAGGACAAACGGGGUCUGUACAGAUCGUUGCGCAUACUCACAUAGAGUUAGCUUUUGGCCAGCUAGAUGGAAAGCUAGGACAGGUGGAUAAGUGGAAGCGAGGGGGAAGAUAGCCUGGUAUUAGCGAGAGCUGUCAAAGAGGCCUUAAUUUCAAAUAUGGAUGCUCCCCGACUUUACUCUCUGAUUGCAUCCCUGAUGCUCCCACUUUGUGAGCAGUUCCGGAGGAUAAUC